AUGAAUUGUACCCCUUUUGAAGACAUGACAUCACGUGUUGCUCUUGUCCUGCUCAUUUCACUUGCUCUGUAUGCAAGCAGCACAGAUGCAAGAAGAGACCCUGGAGAAUAUUGGAGAAUUGUGAUGCAAAAUGAGCCCAUGCCCGUGGCCAUCGAGCGUCUUAUGCCUCGGUAUGACGUUCCUUAUGAGCCAAGGCCAACCGCAACUUCAUAUCAUGAUAAUGAAGCUAGUUUUAAAGAAGAAAAGACUUUUGAAUCAAGGCCAACUGCAACUUCAUACCGUGAUAAUGAAGCUAGUCUUAAAGAAGAAAAGUCUUUUGAACCAAGGCAAAUUGCAACUUCAUACCGUGAUAAUAAAACUAGUCUUAAAGAAGAAUUUUUUUUUGAAACAAGGCCAACUGCAACUUCAUACCGUAAUAAUGAAGUUAGUCUUAAAGAAGAAUUUUUUUUUGAGUCAAGGCCAACUGCAACUUCAUAUCGUCACAAUGAAGCUAGUCUUAAAGAAGAAAAGUCUUUUGAACCAAGACCAACUGCAACUUCAUACCGUAAUAAUGAAGUUAGGCUUAAAGAAGAUUUUUUUUUUGAGUCAAGGCCAACUGCAACUUCAUAUCGUGAUAAUGAAGCCAGUCUAAAAGAGCAAAAAUUUUUUGAACCAAGGCAAAAUGCAACUUUAUAUCCUGAUAAUAAAACUAGUCUUAAAGAAGAAAAAUAUUUUGAACCAAGGCCAACUGCAACUUCAUACCGUGAUAAUGAAGUUAGUCUUAAAGAAGAAAAUUUUUAUGAGUCAAGGCCAACUGCAACUUCAUACCAUGACAAUGAAGCUAGUCUUAAAGAAGAAAAGUCUUUUGAACCAAGACCAACUGCAACUUCAUACCGUGAAAGUGAAGCUAGUCUUAAAGAAGAAAUAUCUUUUGAACCAAGGCCGACUCUAUUUGCUAACUAUCAUGAUGAUGCUGGUCUCAAAUAAGAAAAAUCAUCAUUUGCUAAGAAUUUUGAACCAAGACCAACUGCAAUUUCUUAUCAUAAUAAUGAAGCUAGUCUCAAAGAAGAAAAGUCUUUUCAACAAAUGUCAAAUGUUAUUGUGUAACUGAUUGACAUUGCAGCGGCAUUGGGUGUCAUUUAGUUUUCUUGUAACAUUUGUAAUAUAGUAUUUCUUGAAUUUAAUGUAAUGGUUGUUUCAUUGCGUACAAAUUGUCCCUAUUCUUAGAGA